CGCUUUUCCGCUUGGACUUUCCUUCUCCCCAUUCCAACCACCACCCGGAUCGAUCCAUCCAACGGAUUGCACCACGAUUCGAUUCGCCCUGCGCGAACCCCCAUCUCCCUUCGCAAUCCGGCAUCUUUUUUUCGAUUCUCUUCCGUUUUAUUCCACACCGCCAUUGUUCUGUGGUCUGCCGUCGACACCGCGAUCCGUUCGCCCAAUUUCUUUGAUCCGCCACAACUCUACACUCGCACACACACACACACACACAUAUACACACACACAACUCAGCAAUGUCUGAGGUACAGUCCAGACCGUCUGCCCCCCGCGGCAGAGGUUCUGGUCGCGGCGGUCGAGGCGGCUUCGCUACUCGGGGAGGAGGUCGCACCGGUGCCCGGCCUGCUGCCACCAACGGUGAUUCCAAGCAUGACACAGAUUCCUCCCUACCGACACUGGAGGACGAAGGCGAGAUCGGCCAACUGAAGCAGCAGUAUGGCGGCAAGGUUGCAGUCAUCAAAGAGAUGUUCCCCGACUGGUCCUCGGUCGACAUUUUGUUCGCCCUGCAGGAGACCGACGGCGACGAGAACCUUGCCGUCACCCGUAUUGCUGAGGGAACCAUUUCACAGUGGGGCGAAGUUUCCAAGCCCAAGAAGGAGCGUGCGCGUCCCAAGGGAAAGGCCGAUACCUUCGUGACUACCAGCGGCGAUUCAGUCCCCGCGGGUCCGCCCCGGAACGUCCGAGGCGGCCGCAGUGCCGACAGCGGUCGUGGCCGUGGUAGAGCCACCGAGCGUGGCGGUCGCGGCGGUGCGCGCGGCAAGUCGACUCCUGGCACAACCAAUGGAACUCGAGUCAAAGACACUGAUCCCCUUUCGGUACCGACCGAGGAGGCGGCUGAAUGGAACACGCAGCCGGCUGGUGAACCGACUGCUGAGAGUGAGCCUGCCGCAACAGAAACCACUCCUGCUCCUACCCCUGCCGCCUCCAGCACCACCACCGCUGCUUCGAAACCCGCCGCCGUCCCUGGGGGAACAAAGACGACCUGGGCGAGCAUGUUGAGACAGUCAACUGUCCCGAAGCCGGCUCCAAAGCCGAAGGAUGUCCCCACCAAGGCCGCCGAGCCAACCUUGGAACCCAUUCCCGCUACUGAGCCAACCGAACCUGAGCCCGAGGCCCCCGCCCCUGCCGAGGAGCCCACCCCCGAAUCAGAGAAGGAGGUCGUCGCGCCUCCUCCCGCUGAGCGCGUUACCCCUGUCGUCCCCGUCAUCCCCGCCGUCCCUGCCGUUCCCGUCGUUCCCUCCGUCGUCCCCGAAGUCGCUUUGGUACCGUCGCAGGAUCAACUGACCGAAACGAACCUUGAUAAAAUCGUGGACGAUUCGCACCCGCCGGUGACCGAAACCGCCGCCAGCGAGGCCGCCGAUUCCUGGGAUCCGCGUGGUGCUGCAGCCAGCGCGACGGGCACUCCUCUCUCGGCUGCGCAACAACAGCACCGAGCAGCCGUGGCCACAAAGGCUUCGAGUCGCGCCCCUAUCCACCAUCCUCGGCGCAUGCUUGAUCAGCGUGAAGCCGUUCGCAUGCCUGGUAACCGUGACCAAGUUGACCGUGCUGCAGUCCAAUUUGGUGCUUUCAGCUUGAACGGCCCGAUCGAUGACGAUGUUGAUGGCGAUCGUGAAGAACCCGAGACUCGCCCCCAGCCCCCCGAAGACUCGCCAGUCACUCACCCCCGAACGUCUCUUCCUCCGGCUCAACCUGCUCCGGUUCCCGAUGCCUUCCCCGCACAGAAGCCGGUGGCUUCUCAGAUCCCGACAGGGCCUGCCGCCGCCGCGCCUGUCGCACCGCAGGGCAGCACCCCUUCUAUUUCUCAGGCCACCGUACAACCGCCUGCCGCGCAAAACAACCAGCAGUUUGGUCGCUUCGGCCCCACUGCUUCCCAGGAUGCCUCGUCAUUCCCCGCUUCGAAACCCUUCGAGCCAUUUGGCCAGCAGCCGGCCGUCGCCUCGGCCACACAGAACCAGUUCGAGGGCGGCUUCCAAGGGCAGGGACAAGCGGCACAGCCACCGAGCCAGCAGCAGCCUGGUGGUCCCUUCAGCUCCGCCCCCAGCGAGUUCUCUUCUUACUACACGGCGGAUGCACAGAACCGCUUUGGUUACUAUAACCAGAAUUUCGGCCAGCAGCAGGCUGCGCAGGGUCAGCAGGAUGCCCUGCCGUCGCAACCCCAGCGUUCGUUCAGCGGGUAUAACGCACCCCAGAGCGAGAGUCUCAGCCAGUACCCUCAGAGUGGUGCCCAACACGCCCAAUCGCGUUUCGGGGGUAGCACCACGGCCGACUCGCAAAUCACCGGCACGCCGACGGCUACCCAAGCCACUACCCAAGCCCAAACCGGCCCGAGCACCCAAGCCCAGUCGCACGGCCAGCAGCCGCACGACUACCCAUACAACAGCCAUCCCUAUUACCAGAACCCUUACUAUUCCGCCUACAUGGGGUACCAGGGAGGGUAUAACCAGGGCGCUUAUGGCGGCCCAUACGGCAAGGGCGGUCUUAACUACCAGCCCAGCCAGUAUGGCAUCACUCCCCAGGGCCCUCAUGCAUUUUCCUCCCCCGCCGGAGCAUUCGGCCAGUCUGCUCUCCACCGGGACAGCGGUGCGGGCGCCGGCCUGGGUGAUUAUGGCCAACGCGCUGGUUCCACCCCUUCAGGCCAGCAGGCUCUCGGAAGCGGAUUCGGUGGUGUCCACGACACUUUCGGUCGCGGUGGUUCCACUUACCAGUCGCAGGGUGGACAGUCGUUCAAUGCGCCCGGCUCCCAGCCCGGCGCCGGCCCGUCUGCCGCUGACGACCUGAAGCCCUUUGGUGAUACCAAGGCUGCCGGCGGCCCGAGCCCCUCGCUCGGCGCUGCCGCCCGCCCCGGCUCUGCGGCCAAUAACGGCUCGUCGCAGACCGGCCUCCCCCCUCCCCAGUCGAACCAGCAGACCAGCCUCGGCGGCAUGGGCGGCUACGGCUACCCGAGCCACAUGCAGCAGCAGGGCCACGGCCUUCACGGCACCCAGUCCGGUGCCGGAGGCUACGGCAUGAGCGCCAGUGGCGGACAGAGCCACCAGAACAGCUACGGCGCCGGCGGCUAUGGUGGCCAGGGCUUUGCUGCGGGCGGCUACUACGGCAAUCAGCCUCGCGGCUGGGGCAACAACUACCACUAGGAGAAUGGCAGGGAUGGACCCCGUGCUUCCGCCUACGAGCCAAACGAGCACAGCUGAGGGGACGACGCGGCGUAUUAUGGGUGGAUUUUGACGGGAGGAGGAUUACUUAACCAGGAUGGGGGCGACAAUGCACCGGGACUUUUAUUGAUUGCCCCGCCGGAGUUCACGCAGUUCAACGCGGUUUGCGGUCUCGCCUUUUUGCGAAAACAGGGAAGCUUUUCCAUAGGCGAAGAAAUUCGGGUCGACGGGUCCUGACUAAAGCUCAGGCUCUCCUCCGCUCUCUCCGUCUCUCCCUCUCUCUUUUUUCCCUUUUUUGCAUCUGUGUACGAUUCUCGG